UCUAUGAGGAAGAGGACUAAUCCAUGAGAAACAGGGGCCCUCGGCAAACGGUCUGGGUCAAUCGCCAGGUCAAUGGUCCAGCGAAUAAUGAUCGUACAUAUGUUCGUGGCCGUGAGGCAGAGCGGCAGGGGGCUGUGAAGAAAGCUGCGAUCAGUUCUCAGUUGGUUAGGGAAGAAGCCAGUCCUUCAAAUAACCCGACCGGGAUCCAUGAUGGGAGGAAAAUCCCAAUCAAGAAGGCAAGCCCGAGAGGUUUUGCCAUUAACAAACCAGCACGGAUCCAGAUUGGGGGAAGAAGAUUGAACCGCCAAGGCAAGUUACAGGAGGGGGAUUUGGUUGUCGAUCGCAAUCUCUCUGACGAUCAUACCUCUGGUCCACCGGAGACACACGGCUGCGCUACUGGCGUUUUCGCUCAGGCUCGGCGUCGUCGUCUCAUCUUCGAGACUGACGAUGAGGAUGAUGCCUUGAAUAUUGAUAGGGCCAUUAGUCCCUUCCAAAAAGAAAGACCACAUGCUGGGCUUCAACAGAACCCAGUGGGGGAAAAGGCGUCUGGCCAGGUGCUAUGCCCAACAAUUGAUUGUAGGCCCAAUCAGGAGGUAGCCGAGGCCCAUCCUGUGCAGCAUCUGGCUGUGGGGGAAUUGGAUGCGGGCCAGGGAAGCCGUCCAGCGGCGGACAGUGGGCUUAAUAAGGAAAUUGGUGCGGGCCUUCCUUUGCAGCGCCCAGGUCACCAUUUGCAAAAGCUGGCCCAUCCCGUGAAGAAAGGGAGUAGGCGGAAAGCCCAUGCUACUGUUGGGGAAUCCUCCAAGCGUAAAGGCGACUGGAAGAGGGGGAGCAAAGCUGGGCCAGAGCAGGCUAAGCCCGUGGGAUGUUCGGGCUUGGAUGGGCAGGCCCUGGCCUCGGUCCCUAUUGCUGAAGCAGUGAAGGCCCUUGUUUCGGCAGACUCAGAUUCUGAGGAGGAAGUCCAAUGCUUUUAAAUUAAAAAGAGGCUUCCCGCUCACCCGAAAGAACUAAAUAAUACCACAAGGGGGCAUGUUAGCCAGGUUGUGGCCGCGUUUGAAGCUGGACUUACCAUUAAUUCUGGGGCUCAAACCAUCCUGCAGGAGCGAAUGAACAAUGGUAGUCCGACUCGAAAUGAACAGAUCAUGAUUCA